AUAAGAAACAAAAAUGUUUAUUUGAAUUGAUAUAAUGAUUUUAUAUACGUAUAGAAAGCCUUAUAUUUAUAUAUAAAGUAUCAUAAUAACUAUUAAUGUCUAAUAAAUUGCAUGCAUGUUUUAUAAAUCAUUUAUUAAAUUAUAAAUAAAUUUAUAAAAUUAUUUAUAUUGGCUUAUCAUAUGUUUUAAAUUAUAAUAAGAGGUUCUAUAUGUUCUUUGGGAAGGUGAGCUAUAUCAUCAUUUUUGUUUUCUUAAGCUCUUUUCUUAUUGUACUUGUUGUUUUCUGAUUUGACAUGUACAAGUUGCAAAGUAACUUAUGAAUAGUUUAAAUGUAAGUUACCUUAUUUAUUUUAAACAUUUCUUGCCCAAGUUAUUAUCAUAUUUAUUAAAAUUUUAAAUGCCAAUUUACCUUAAUGUUUCUAAAUUCUUAAUUCGUUUGUAAUGACUUACCUUAUUACAAUAUAAAAUCUCUCUUGAAAUUUUCUUCUUAAACACACAAAUUAUUUUGGGACGUUGCAAUUAUACAUAUACACUUUAACUGCCUCUUGAUACUGAAGUUACUUUGUUCCCUCUCGUCCAUGUCAAAUAUUGAGUACCAGCUUUUCUCCAUUUUCUCGCAAAGACGGUGGUAUUAAGAUGUAAAAUCCGUUACUUCUAAAACUAUACACUAUUUAUUCUAUAUUUUGAAUUUUGUUAUGUCCGCACAGGGUGCGGGCCGGUCACCUAGUAUAAGUUUACAAAAAAAAAAAAAAAAAAAACUGAAAUAUAUAUAUAUAAGGUUAUGAAAUUACCAUCUUUGGCUUUUGAAAAUCAUUAUUGGUCCCAGAAUAUGAGGUUAUGCUGAGAAUUUAUAUAUAGAUAAUUUCAAAUUUCAAUUUUUUACGUAAUUCACGAAGACAAAAAUAAAAGGUCAGACGGUUAGUUUCUUAAGUUCUUUCCACUAAGAUAAGAAGAUUAUCUACUACAGAAAACAUAAACCGCCGUACUAUGAACAGGGGCCGGGUAUAUAUAUAUUUUUAAUACAAUGCUAUAUUAAAUAGAUAAUAUAUAUAUAACUAGAUAUUUCCCGCGCUAUUGCGCGGAUUGACCCGUUUUGAAUGCAUAUUGCAAUGUAAAAUCAAGUACUUUUUUUUAAGAAACAAAUCAAUUAUAUUUACAUACAUAGUAAAUUUUAAAAUUACAUGUACUAAACCAACUAUAGCUAAGCUUUACAUUCUGGAGUUAUAUUGACAAAACAAUUAUUGCUAAGCGUUACUUUCUGCAGUUAUAUUAACAAAACAAUAUUCCAUCUGUUUUAUAUUAAGUGUCACUUUAACUCAUUUUUCUUGUUUCACAAAAAAUGUUAUUCUACAAUAUCAAUGCAAUUUAUACAUCUUUUCAGUUCAAAAUUAAUUACAAAAUGCAUUAAUUUUAUAAAUAAAUCGAUUUAUCCAAAAAUACUAUUGGUUAGAUAUAUGAUAUUAAUGAAAAUAUAAAUACAUUUUAAUGAGUUGCUUAAUAUGUGUGAGAAGUGUCUAAGUGACACUCUUUGUAAAACAGAAGGAGUAGUAUAUAAAGUAUUGAUGAUAACAUGAUAUUGCAGUUUAUCUAUUAGUAAAAAAUAGUUAAAACAUAUUGCAUAAUUUAGAUGUGGUUGACCAAAAUAUGAGAUAGUAUACUAAUAAUUUCACAGAUGUAAACAUAUUUAACUCAUUACUUAAUUAUAUUUUACUUUAUUUCUGUUUUACCAAAUUCAAAUGACCUCAAGCAUAUCCAGACAUUCAAUAUGCUAAGCUUCUGAUAUUUGUUAUAUUAAAUACUGUUCAGAAAAAAAACUUUUAGGGGUUGUACCAAUUCGAGAUUUAAUAAAUUUUCAAGCAAAAAACAUUUUUCAGCCAUAAUUAUUAAAGAGAAGAAAAAUUAUUGAUAAAAGGUUUUGUUAUAUACCCCUUCGAAUACAAUGUUAUAAAUCUGACCUAGCAAUCAAAAUAUGAGCAACGUGUUGGUUGACAGUCUCUAGUUUGUUGGAGUCUCCUUCUGUUUCAUUCUUCUUUAACCAUCGUCGACUUUAAUUAUUAAGUAGACAAUCUCAUUGUAAGUUUGAAGAUUCUUCUUCACCAUCAUUUCACUCUUCUGCGGUUUCAAUCUGAUACAUAGUAACAUAGAUAUAUUUUGAGUCAAGCACAUUUGGUUCGAGAAAGAAUUUCAUCACAUGAUGACGUGGUAACAACUAUCCCUCUGCAAAAAAGUUAAAAAGAACUCAAAACUGCAUACCGGAAGAUAACUAAAUGCCAUCUAUCACUUAAAACUUAUUACUUAUUUUCCUGCUAAACAACUAUUGUAUGAACUAUUUACCACAAAUAAACAAAAAAACUAUUAUAUAAAUUGUCCACACCACUAACCAAUGUACACCUGCCAAUUUCUGAAAGCCAUCUAUCAAUUCGCUUCAUCCUUUUCAAAAUCAUUUUGUCCACGAUAUCGAUUGUGUCUGCAACUUCAAAACGCUUUUAUGAGGAAAAGGAAUUAUAUGAAAGAUAAAAGUAAAGGUUACUUUGUGGAAGAAAUUAAGCAGUUUGGAAUAAUUUUAUAAACAGAUUUGUUAUCGAAGUGAUUUGAGAGUUCAUUUAUAGUUGAUGUAAUAGAGGAGGUGGAGAUCGUGCUUGCAGUGGUUAAGGCAGUUGAAACCAUUAUUUUUUUAUUUUACGUAGAAAAGAAAUAAAUUGAUUCGUUUCAUUUUUUUCUUUUUAAUAAUUGAUUUUCUUAAAAACUUAAACAUUAAAUAUGUGGCAAAAUAUGAUUGGUUGAGUGACUUGUGAUUUAGUAUAUAAGAGAUACCAUAAAAAGUCGUCAAGUCUAUAGUGAGCUAAAACUAUUAUAUACAUAACCCGAAUUGAGUAAAUCACAAAUACAUUUAAAAGAUGAAAAUAUUAUCUUCAAUGAGUAUUAACACUGCAUUACGUACGUAUGAGCUAAUAUUAUAAUCAAUUUGUAGUUGUAGAUAAUGCCAGUAGUGGAGGCAUCACAAAUGAAGGGGGUCAUUUGACCCCUAUGAAUUUCACUUACUUGUAUUUCAAGAAAGAAUUUGGUCAAAUGUUACAAAGUAAACUAAUAUGACUGCUAUAGCAUAUGGUUGGAAUCAAAUUGACCCCAGUGGAAAAUUUGACUAGCUUGGCCACUGGAUAAUACAAUAUAUUGAUGGCAUUCCUAUAUUGAUAGACCAGAAAGACAUUGUGGCUAAUAUUGUGGGGGUCGGAAGGUUUUUUUUUUUUGGGUCGGAAGUUUUUCAAAGCUACAUGACGGCCAAGUGGACUGUAGUGUGGUAUAUAGAUGGUGUAUAUACAUACAUACAUGUAUUUGCGUUGUCUUAGAACACCUCUAACCCAAAACUUCAUUUUAAAGAAUACAAAACUUCAAAAUAAAGAUUUGAGGGUUGAUUACUCCAACUACGAAUCUUCAAAAAAAUCUUUAAAUUUUUUAUUUAUUUACAUUAUAGUUAUUAAUAUUAACAAAAGUUACUAAUAUUUAUUGAAAGAAAUAACUAUAAGAACCAAAAAGAAAAUAAAAAAUAGUUUUGAGAUUGUAAAUAGUGAAACUUUAAAUUUAAGAUUUCACUAUUUACAACCUUAAAAUUUAAGGAUUUGAAAUUGGGUUGAAAUGACAUAAAACUUCAAAAUUUGAAAUUGAAAAUCUGAAGUUGGUUGGAGAUGGUUGGAGAUGCUACUAAUGUGGUAGUAGUCGAUGUAGUCAUGUGGCUUCCUAACCUUCAAAAGAAAAUAUUCACCAAAUUUAGUAGAUCAAAUAUCUCUAAAAUAUCACAAGGUCGACUAAAAAUCUGUCGAAAUCUUCUCUAUAUCCUGCCUUACUGUACACUAAACCAGAUUUAUAAUCGUGGAACGUGGAUUUGAUUAACUCCAAAAAAUAGUUGUUAAAAAAAAAAAGAUUAACUCCAAAAAAUCCAAAUUGCAUUUAAUCAAUCGAAUUUAUGUAAUUCUUAAUUUUAUUUUAUAAACCGCUUAGUUUACUUAACUAAUUACCAAUUAAAAACACAUUAGACGGUGCAGCGAAAACCACCUUAAGAUAAGAUUGUUUUUUCUUUCUUAAUAUGUAUGAAGAAAAUCGGGUAGUGACUUGCGAGAUUAGCGGAUUACUCAAAUGAAAAAUAAAAGUCCACCCUUCUGAAAAGCUGACUCAUUCAAAUGACUGACGUGGCAUACAGCUAAUACGGGACCGUACCUUCGCUUCCCUUCUCGGACAUAUCCUUUUGUUUUUAAAGUAUUUCCCGUACAUAUAUAAUGACAUAUUAAUCAUUUAAUGCGUAAUAAUCAAAAUUCGCAUAACGAUAUGUAUUAUAAUGUCGUAGAAAUUGUUGACAAAGCUCUAAGGGAUAUAGUUUUUUUUUCUCUUUUUUUAAUAAUUCAGAUAUCCGGAUCUCUAACAGAUAUAGUUCUAACAUAUCCUUUAGCUUUAAGUUUUGUAACCAUUACUUAUUCUUCUAAGUCUUCAUAUAUAUGUAUAUUAAAACAACUCUAGAGAAUUUUCAUAGUAUUUCAACAAUAAAAAUGUAUAAAUAUUUUAAAAUAAAGAGAUGAUGGAUAUAAGUUUUCAAAAAAGAAAUCAUAAAAAUCUCUUUAGAACUUCUCUGGCCACCUUAUAAUUGGCUAAAUUUUUUUUAAAAAAAAAUUAAAAUUCAAUAAUUUACAAAACAAUAUAUUAAAUAAUACUAUCGUGGAGAUUUUAGGUAUCUCAUUAAAAGAAGUGCUCUAUAUCUCUUAUACCUAAUUACGUAGGUGGGAUGUUAAUUUUUUAUACAUAUAUACAUGUAUAUAUAUGUUCAUAGGUUGAAGACCAUCUAUAAAAAUACUAGUUAUCAACUUGGAAAUCAUCUUUAAAUUUUAAUUCUUCUGAACUAUUAUUGCGAUUUUAUGUAACAAAAUUAAUAAUCUACAGACAAAAUUAACAUCCAUCGUCAGAAAACACAGAAAAUACAGUUUUAGUUUCCAGAGCAUGUUAUUUUUAUAAUUAUAAUACCAUAUAAGUAGAUGGUUUCAGUUUAUAACUAAAUAAGACAAAUAUAGAAAAAUGAUAUGUAAAUGUAUAGGAGUAGAUACUAGUAUAAACAACACCAAAAUCUAGAGAGAGAUAAAUUUCAAGUUUUCAACGCCCUCUGAUCAUCCGUACAUAUCCUACAUUCCAAUUUUCAACUCUCUCUCCGAUAUCUUUAUUGUACUCCUAUAUAAGUAGGAUAUCUUUUCAACUCAUUUAUAACACAUCUUCAUAACCUCUUUCUCUCUCUCUUUCUCCAUCUCUUUUCCCCUUAGCUCCCUUAGCUCUCUUGCUUUGUGGAUUCGUCUUUGUGUAUAUUAAUAUAUGCACAUGCACAUAGGAAGAUAUGAUGGGUUACGAGCACAUGAAUCAGAUGACAAUGACGACAACGGGGAUGAUGAAGAAUUUCAAUAAGGUGGGACCAAUCAAUAUUCCACGUAAGAAAACGACGAGGAGAAGUGUAUCGGCCAUUGAUGGUGGUGGUGCGGCGACAGCUGCUGCGGCUGGAGAAGGAGAUCGCCCGCAGGAUCUCAAGACUCUUGAUCUCAGCGGGAUGUCCUUGGCUUCCCUCUCAGCAUCUUCUAUCAACUUAGCUUCAAUCUCAAAACUCGAUCUCUCCAACAACAAUAUUCAGCAAAUUCCGGAGUCUCUAGUAGCGAGAAUGUUAAAUUUGUGGACAUUGGAUUUGCACUCUAAUCAGCUCAAAACGCUCCCCAACUCCAUUGGAUGUCUUUCCAAGCUUAAGGUUCUUAAUGUCUCUGGAAACAACCUACAAGCUCUCCCCAAAACUAUCGAAGAUUGCAGAUCGUUGGAAGAGCUGAACGCCAACUUCAACGAGCUGACGACGCUUCCAGACACGAUAGGGUUCGAGCUAACGAAUCUGACAAAGCUCUCCGUCAACUCGAACAAGCUUAUCGUGUUACCAAGCUCCCUUGGCCACUUAACGUCGCUUCGUGUGCUCGACGCUCGGCUUAACCACCUUGGAUCGCUCCCUGAGGAUCUAGAGAACCUCGUGAACCUUCAGGUCCUUAACGUUAGCCAGAACUUCCAGCACUUGAAGACGUUGCCUUACUCCGUUGGGUUAUUGAUAUCUCUCGUGGAGCUUGACGUUAGUUAUAACGGAAUUAAGGUUUUACCGGAUUCCAUCGGCUGUCUCCGCAAGAUUCAGAAGCUAUCCGUGGAGGGUAACCCUCUCGUCUCCCCACCUUUUGAAGUGGUGGAAAAUGGUUUGGAAGCAGUGAAGCAGUACAUGAGCGAGAAGAUGACCGAGUCUAACAAGAAAACUCCGACAAAGAAGAAGUUGUGGGGCAUUGGUAAGAUGGUCAAGUUCAAGACCUUUCACGGCCUGAGCUCAUCUCCGGGAAGGUCUCCAGGAAGGAGAACCGGCGGUGACAGCCAUGGAGACGAGAGGGAAGGUUUCAUCAACGUCUCCGAUUACCGCCAAAUCGACGGAAUCGCUUCCCCAAGACACGUGUCCCUCUUCAACCCUCGACGCCUCUUGUCUCCACUCUCCGCGUAUUUCUCUCCUCCAAGGUAUAGGUAGUGUUACUUCUGUGUGUUUUAUAUUCACCAAACCGUCUUCACACUUUCUGUUUUUUUUGUUUUUUGCAUGCAACGUUGUUUCCUUUGUAUCUAUUUUUGCUUGUAGCGUUCCUUUAUAUGUAUCAUAGACUUUUGGGUGGCUUUUGUGGCUGUUUUUUUGUUUCAGUUUUGUUGAAACACAUUUGUAAAUUAUGACAUAGACUUUGUAGAUUGAUUUAUGUGUGUACGUAAUAAUAAUGUAAGAUCGCAUUUUGAAAA